CCCAACACCCCCCAAAUUCCACAUUUGGGUCCAAAGCUCUCAUCUUUAUUCCUUCCCUUUGUGCCCAGGGUUUCGAUUUUGUGUGGAUUUGUAACUCAAAUUUGGGAGAGGGAUCGUAAAGAUUGAAACUUUUUUGUGAGAAUGGGACAUGUUCUGCUGUCAGCUUAGUGAUUUGGUUUUGUUUCGAGAAGUGUUCGAGAAGGUUGAGCUUCGGUUUUAAGGGAUAUAAGUUCUAAAAGGUAGAUUGUGUCCCAAAGGUAGCUUAGAUAUAUAACUGUUUGAGUUUAGAUGGGUACCCGAGUUAUGAGAUUGAUAAUGAAGCAGCCCUACGAUCGGUUUUUGGGUGUUAGGUUGAAAACAACCUCAUCUCAGUAUGUAGCAUCAAGAGCCAGAGAUCCCACGUUUGAGAAAUUAAUGGAUAAGUACAAGAACCUUGUGAAAGUCAUUGCAGUGCAAGAUCUCAUCCUAGCAAACCCGAGCGACCUUGCAGUUUCUGUUGAUUUUCUCUCCAGGCUCUCUCAGAAGCUCCAUCUCAACCGUGGUGCAGUGGCCUUUCUCCGCAAAUACCCUCAUAUUUUCCACAUUUACCAUGACCCAACAAAGGGACAGACACGAAGCACGUUAACUGAUGCUGCUUUUCGAAUUUCAGAAGAAGAAGCAGGGGCUAUUAAUGCCUCAUUGCCACUUGUUGUUGAUCGAUUGGUACGGCUUUUGUCCAUGUCAACUUCCAAAAUGCUGCCACUCCGUGGCAUUUUUAAGGUUUUCAGGGAACUUGGGCUUCCUGAUGAUUUUGAGGAGUCUGUAAUAUCUAAGAACUCCCAUCUUUUUCAACUUUGUGAUGCUCAUGAGCCCAAUACUCAUAACUUGAAACUGGUUGGUGAAAUUUCUGAUAAGUUUGUUGCUGCUGUUGAGAAUUGGAGGGUAGAAGAAUAUUGCAAGGAGGGUUGCAGUGUUGAUAGGGCUGAACUUCAGUUUAGUUUUAAGCAUGGGUAUCCUCCAGGGAUGAGGUUAAGAAAGAAUUUUAGAGCCAAGGUUAAAGAAUGGCAGAAAUUGCCAUACGUAGGGCCAUAUGAUGAGGUCACAGAGAAGAAAAAGUUGUCUAAAGCUGGAAUGAUAGUUGGGGAGAAACGAGCAGUUGCAAUAGUUCAUGAGUUCUUAAAUCUGACAGUUGAGAAGAUGGUCGAAGUGGAGAAUAUCAGUCAUUUCAGAAAAUGGUUUGGGUUUGAUUUGAAUGUAAGGGAUUUGUUUCUGGAUCACCCUGGGAUGUUCUAUUUGUCUACCAAGGGAAAGAGGCACACUGUUUUUCUGAGAGAAGCUUAUGAAAAAGGGUGUUUGAUUCACCCAAAUCCAGUUUAUAAUGCAAGGAGAAAGCUUCUGGAUCUUGUUGUUUUAGGACGCCAUGAUAUGUUUAUUGGUGACUCAAAGAUGAGGAGCAUUGCUAAUAGCAAGGAGGCUCAGUAUCUAGAGCAGCUCAAUGGAGAAAUUUCCGACUCUGAUUAG